AUGAAGAUUGCUUCCUUCUUCUCCAAGGCUUUCCAUAGCUCCCCUUCCUGCUCCAAUGUUGUUCUCCUUUGCACUCUAAGUGGUGGAGGUUUGAUUGCAUACUCAGAAUUACAAUCAGAUGCCAAACUUCCUGCUCCUAGUAUUGAUCCUAAUGUGCCCAAGAAAAAGAGAGUGGUGGUUCUUGGAACAGGAUGGGCUGGUACCAGUUUCCUUAAGGAUCUCGAUGCUUCCUUAUAUGAUGUUCAGGUUGUUUCCCCUCGUAACUACUUUGCAUUCACACCUUUAUUACCUAGUGUCACCUGUGGGACAGUUGAAGCACGAAGCAUUGUAGAGCCAGUCCGAAACAUCAUAAAAAAGAGAAAAGGAGAAAUUAAAUUUUGGGAGGCAGAAUGCUUGAAGAUUGAUUCUGCAAACAAAAAGGUUUUAUGUGGGUCCAAUAUUGACAACAACUUAGUGGGAAAUGGCGAAUUUUCUUUGGACUAUGACUAUUUGGUUGUAGCAAUAGGAGCACAAGUAAAUACAUUUGACACCCCAGGUGUCGUGGAGAACUGUCAUUUUCUAAAGGAGGUAGAGGAUGCUCAGAAGAUUAGACAGACUGUGAUUGAUUGCUUUGAGAAAGCUGUUCUUCCAUCUUUAUCUGAAGAAGAACGAAGGACAAAUUUGCAUUUCAUAGUUGUUGGAGGGGGUCCAACUGGUGUGGAAUUUGCUGCUGAGCUUCAUGACUAUGUCCAAGAAGAUUUAGUCAAUUUGUACCCAUCUGUUAAAGAUAUAGUGAAGAUAACAGUGAUUCAAUCAGGAGAUCACAUCUUGAACACGUUUGAUGAAAGAAUUAGUUCAUUUGCUGAACAGAAGUUUGGAAGAGAUGGUAUAGAAGUUCAGACAGGAUGUCGUGUUGUGAGUGUUAAUGAUAAGGACAUCACAAUGAAAGUAAAAUCAACUGGAGAAGUGUGUUCUGUUCCCCAUGGAUUGGUUGUCUGGUCCACAGGAAUUGCAACUCGUCCUGUUAUCAGAGACUUUAUGGAGCAAAUUGGUCAGGGUAAGAGGAAUAUUCUAGCAACGGAUGAAUGGUUACGAGUGAAGGGAUGUGAAUCUGUGUAUGCUAUUGGUGAUUGCUCUUCAAUAAAUCAGCGUAAAAUCAGGGAUGAUACCUUGGCCAUUUUUAAAGCUGCGGACAAGGACAACUCUGGUACCUUAACUAAAGAAGAAUUCAAGGAUGUGAUGGAAGACAUUAUCUUAAGAUAUCCGCAAGUGGAACACUACAUAAAGAGCCAACAUCUGCUUGACUUGACUGCUCUGUGGAAAGAUUCCCAAGGAAAUGAUAGGGAAGAAAUAGACAUGGAAGAGUUUAAGUCUGUCCUUUGUCGUGUGGAUUCACAGUUGAAGACUUUGCCAGCAACUGCACAGGUUGCUGCACAGCAGGGUGCAUAUCUGGCUAGUUGCUUGAACCGCAGGGAUCACUGUACAGAGCAUCCUGAAGGCCCUCUAAGAUUUGAAAAAUCUGGACGUCAUAAGUUUCGUCCCUUUAGGUAUAAGCAUUUUGGGCAAUUUGCUCCUCUUGGUGGAGAGCAAGCAGCUGCAGAACUUCCUGGAGAUUGGGUUUCCAUGGGUCAUAGCACUCAGUGGCUUUGGUAUUCUGUAUAUGCAAGCAAGCAAGUGAGCUGGCGCACAAGGGUGUUAGUCGUAUCAGAUUGGACAAGAAGAUACAUAUUUGGCAGAGAUUCUAGUCGUAUAUAAGUCACCAAAACAAGACAACA